UGCACACACAGCACAGACUCGCAGGUCGUGCACAACUUGUGGAUGAGGGAGCUGCUGUGGAAACGUCAGCGCGGGUUUAUGUGGAGCGGCUGCAGCGUGACAUUGCAGAGCCUGUCUGUGUCUGCCCGUACACGCCGCCUGACAGGAGUGAGAGGGCGGGAGGAGGACGCAGCACGGAUCCACAGGUAUUCGUUCGGCUGCAAAUUCUGAAUGAAAAAGCGGAUUUUUUGCCUGAAAUUUGAGCGUUUUGCAUGAAAAGUCUCGCGCUCUCUGUCUCCACACGUCUUCGCUGUGACUGCAUGCGCGCUGUUUCAAACGUGACAUCACGUCAAGGAAUACACGGCAGCCCCUGUGAUAACCUUGAGCCCGCGCCGCGCAGGACACAACAGGUUCGUUACGCACGCAAACUCUCUCAGAAUCCCGCAUCUCUGCGGUGUUCCCGGAGCUCUGUGCCCCUCUCGCGUUCAGCAUGUGCGCGUGUUUGUUUCCCCCUCCGUGACGGAGCGUGCACACACACACGUCAGCUCGGGGAGGGCAAAGUCUGCUUAAAAUGCUGCGAGUGUGACGGCGGAAUCCAGAGCACAGCGGCGCGCGGACGGACAGGUGAGCGCGGGGGGCGCAGAAGGACACGCGGAGGCUCGAGAGCCCCGAGGAGCGCGCGGGGAUCAUGACGGUGGUGCCCGCGGAGAACCUGGACGAGACCGUGGCGCUGGCCGCGCUGUCGGCCCAGGACGCGUGCGAGCCGGAGCGCGCGGACAGCCAGGACUGCUGCGAACGCGUGGUCAUCAACAUCUCCGGGCUGCGCUUCGAGACGCAGCUGAAGACGCUCGCGCAGUUUCCCGCCACUCUGCUGGGAGACCCGCGGAAGAGGAUGCGCUUCUUCGACCCGCUGAGGAACGAGUACUUCUUCGACCGGAACCGGCCCAGCUUCGACGCCAUCCUCUACUACUACCAGUCCGGGGGCCGGCUCCGGAGACCCGUCAACGUGCCGGUGGACAUCUUCAUGGAGGAGAUCAAGUUCUACGAGCUUGGAGAGGAGGUGAUCGAGAAUUUUAAGGAUGACGAAGGCUUCAUUAAGGAGGAGGAGCGCCCGCUGCCCGAGAACGAGUUCCAGCGGCAGGUCUGGCUCCUGUUCGAGUACCCUGAGAGCUCCGGACCCGCCAGGGGCAUCGCCAUCGUCUCGGUCCUGGUCAUUCUCAUCUCCAUCGUGAUCUUCUGCAUGGAGACGUUACCGGAGUUCCGCGAGGAGGCCAGGACGUUUGACGAGCACCUGGCAGCGAACGGAACAGUGCGCGCAAAGAAACCGAACCCUUUCACGGACCCGUUCUUCAUCGUAGAGACGCUUUGCAUCAUCUGGUUUUCAUUCGAGCUGCUGGUCAGGUUCCUCGCGUGCCCCAGCAAAGCCGCCUUCUUCAAGAACAUCAUGAACACCAUCGACAUCGUGGCCAUCAUGCCCUACUUCAUCACGCUGGGACUGGAGCUCGCGGAGCACCAAGGGAACGGCCAGCAGGCCAUGUCUCUGGCCAUCCUCAGGGUCAUCCGCCUGGUACGGGUCUUCCGCAUCUUCAAACUGUCCAGACACUCCAAAGGACUGCAGAUUCUCGGGAAGACGCUGCAGGCCAGCAUGCGCGAGCUCGGACUGCUUAUCUUCUUCCUCUUCAUCGGAGUCAUCCUCUUCUCCAGCGCUGUGUACUUCGCGGAGACCGACGACCCGCACUCGAGCUUCAGCAGCAUCCCGGACGCGUUCUGGUGGGCUGUGGUCUCCAUGACGACGGUGGGCUACGGGGACAUGUGCCCGGUCACCAUUGGGGGGAAGAUCGUGGGCUCUUUGUGCGCUAUCGCCGGCGUGCUGACCAUCGCGCUGCCGGUGCCCGUCAUCGUGUCCAACUUCAACUACUUCUACCACCGGGAGACGGAGCAUGAGGAGCAGUUCCAGUACACGCACGUGACCUGUGGACAGCAACAGCCGGCUUUCGGAGAGUUCAGGAAGAGCGACAGCAGGUCGAGCCUGUCCAAGUCCGAGUUCCUGGGCAGCGAGGACGCGGACUCCAUCAAAUACACCAACUGCAGCCCGCACAAAGCCCACAGCGGCAAACUCACCGACGUCUGAGCCGCAGCAGCACGCGCUCUGCUGUGACUGCACACCGGAGAGCUCCUUUUUUCUGCCAUCCAAGACCCACGGAGAGGACCCACGUUUACCCCCGAAACCGUCUUCCAUCACGCGCGUCA